UCUAAUCCUAUGCAGCUUUGCAAGGUCUAAUAGGGAACAUAGAGAACCCAUGCAAGUUAAACCUUUAAUAAAGAGCAAUUUGCAAGUACAAUUCUCUCAUUAUUUUUUUUUAUCGAUACUUCUGCAUAUUCAGUGAAAUCUGAAGAUUAGCAGUUUAUGAAUAAUUCAGUGUUUAGGCUGAUGCCUGAUUCAUGUAUUUCAAACCUGGGAGCUGGUUUUGGAGGGAAGAGGAGGAAGGGUUUGGUGUUUGUUUGCUGCCUGACAAGGCAGUGCUCCACAGGAGCCGUGUGGUGCUUGGCACUGCGGCUCUCCUGCGCAGGACCAGCCUCCAGCCCACGGGCUGUCGCCCCACAUCGCGCCCAGCCCUACAGCUGUUGUCGCUGGGGUCAGCAAGGCCUAGGGCCCCUCUGCCAGCCAGGUGGGUGCUGGGGGCAUCACGGAGCUGCCAGAGAGGUGAUGGUCGGCUCUGGGAGGAGAAGAUGGUUGUAGGAAGUGAAUGCAGCCCUGCUGCGGUGCAGGACCCUGUGGCCUUCCAGCACCCCCAUGGCCUCCUUCCUGGCGAAUUCAGAAAUUGACUGGAAAUGGAUCAGGGAAAGGGCCAGCCGUGCUGGUCUGGGCAGAGCCAGGCACAUGGGACUUGGGCACAGGCCUUUUCCAGAACCCUGCUCCAGGCCAGGCUCCUGCUGGCGCCUCGGUCCUCUGCCAGAACCCAGCCCCAGGCUCAGCAGGUCGGUGCAGACCUCGAUGAAGGAGGUCUGUCUGGGCUGAAUUUUGCAUGUUCAUUGGUGCAGUAGCACAUCUGCUGCAUCAGGCCAUGAACCAGCGCUGCUGACACAUGAUCCCAGUCCUUCCACAAGUUUGCAGCUCCCCAGGGACUUUCACAGAUGAUGCACACAAAAAGCUCAUGACUUUUUUUUAAGGAGCAAGGGACUGACACAGCAUGCUCUGGAGAAACACAGCAGUCUCCGGGGUGAAGACAUUCAUGCUAUUCCUGCACCAAAGAGCUGUUUUAGUGAAUUAGACACGCUCACCCCAUGAGCACAUGCAGAACAGAAAGUAGCACAAAUGUCCCACCCCACUGAAACAGCGGGGAAAAUCACAGGAAUCAUAGGAUGAAUUAAUUUAAACACAGCCAUGACACAGAAGUGCCCUGGGAGCCUUGGGGACCUGGAUGGUCAAAGGCUCAGCUCGUCCCUUGCCCAUGGGACGAUGCUAUCCCCAGUGCAGUGCAGUGCAGUGCAGUUGCUGUGCCAGGAGCUGGCAUGAAGGGGAGGUGGAGGGGACACAUUAAGGCUGCCCCUGCAUAGGACUGGGUGCUCUCUCCCCUGAACACAGCAGGAUGUGGUGAACAUGGGCACGUGUGGCAUCCCACUCAUGAGCACACACGUGGGGCUACUGCAGGAGAGUUGCUCCUCCUGCUUUAGCCAGCUGACAAAAUAGCUCUUCAUUUUCCUCCUCUCGUUUGUGGGUUCAUUUCUCCCUCCCAUUACUGGGCUCCCCGUGCAGUGCAGCCCCUGCUUCCCUGCGGGACUGUCCUGCACAAAGGGCCCCAGCAGACAUGCCAGGCUCCCCAUCCAGCCCAUGGCGUGUGCUGCCAGUACGCGGCCAUCCCAGCACCCAGCAGCGGGGUGGGUUCCUUUGCACUGCAUGGUCACAGCCUUCACCCUGUGAGCCCCCUGUCUCUCGUCCCUCUCUAAAACAUCUGCUGAGACACAGCCCUUCUCCUGCCAGCCCCUCACAAAGAUUUGGGCAUGAGUACUUGGCUUCACAGCCACCUGCUCCCCCUGGGUGGCAACCAGAGCGGUUAGCAGCUGCCAACCAGACCUUGCAGUUAUGGUGCUAAUCAGAUAAAUUAGCUGGAAGUGAGGUAAACCUGUGAUCAGGGUCAGUGGUGCUGUAAGCAGAGCUGGGGCUGUUGGGCUUGAGGCUUUGGGUUGCUGUGUGCUGUCAUGGAGCCUCAGACAGAUGAAGCUGGCGGUGCUGCCCGGUUGUCCAGUCAGGUUGUUCGGGGCCGGCGGCACCCCCCGACGCUGCACAUGGUUAUUGAGGCACUGCAGGCCCAGGACGGGAAGAAGGGUGCCUCCGUCGUCACCAUCAAACGCUUCAUCCUGGCCAAGUACCCCGCUGUGGACCCAGUGCGCCUCAAGUACUUGCUGAAGCAGGCGUUGACCAAGGGGCUGAGCCGUGGGGACCUGGUGCGGCCCCACAACUCCUCUGCCCUGGGGGCCACUGGCCGCUUCAAGCUGGCACCUGAAAAGCUGCGGCAGAAGCAGCCGCCAGGCCAGACAGAUCCCACAGGAGGACAGGCCCCGAAGCCAGGACGCAGAGGAGCUGCCAAGGCCACCCGGGCCCCUGCGGCACUGGAGAGCGAAGGAGGACAAGGUACUGCUGAGGAGAAGCCAAAAGUCGUGAAGCAGAAGCCAAGGACAAAGCCUGCAGAUGCCCAGCCGGCACCGGCAACAGCGAAGCCCAGCAGUGAUGGAGCAAAGGCCCCUCGGGCCCCUGCCAAAGGGCGGUCAGCGCCCCGCACAGCUCUGGCUGCCAAGGACAAGGGAGGGAACGAUGGUGACCGCCCUGAGGGUGCUGGGGCAAAGGGGACCCAAAAGGUCCCAAUGGGCAAGACUAAGGGGAUGCCUGGGGAGGUUUGGGAAGCUGUCCCCAAGGAGAAGGGGGCUAAAGGCAAGACAAGGAAACCCCAGGCAGCCCGAGGUGCUGGCCACGGGGAGGCUGCACCAUAGGAGGCAUCCCUUGCCGUGGUGGGCAAGAAGGUGCGCUAGGGGUCCUAGGUCUCUGGCAGUGCAGCACUGUGCCCAGCUGAGCCCAGACCCAUGGGGUCUGAGUUGGUUUUAGUCUACAGGACAGAUUUUAACUCUGUGUUCACCUGCUACUAAUAAAGCUGCUUCACUCAUCAUGAAA